CUGGAGAUCUUGAUGUUAAAAACAGAAAAAAAAAAGUUCAUGCUGGGUAGGGGUGAAAAAUCACACAUUACCUGAUGACUCAUAUCUGUAGGUUCCCACAUCGGGACUGGACUGGAUCCCUCUCUCCCUGUAGUCUGGUCUGAGACAGACAGUGGUGGCCUGGAGAGGCCUGUGGAGGUGUCACUUCACACCUCUCAGGCCUGAGGCUGGUAUAAAUCCUCCCUCCAGCAAACCCUCCAGCAUCACCGACCCUCUCUAACCACACAGCAUGGACGUGUCUUCUCCACUCCUCCGCUACUUCACACAGAACUCCUGGAGCUGCCCGAGCUCAGACUCUGAGUUCUACAACAUCUCAUCUCCUGAAGCAGUGUCUCCUACCUCCUACAUGGACUUCUCUCCUUCAGCCCAGCUUCAAAACAGUUCUUCUCCACCUUCCAGAGGUGCCAAAGCACCCGUUUCGGGUUCAUUACAUCAGGACGGCGCAUGUUCCCGUGUCGGAACUAGAAGAACGCGCUCCAAGAACCCGAGCAAGCAGAGACAGAGUGCCAGCGAGAAAGAGAAGCUCAGAAUGAGGGACUUGACCAAAGCUCUCAAUCACCUCAGGACUUACUUACCUCCUUCAGUGGCUCCUGUCGGUCAAACCUUGACGAAGAUCGAGACCCUUCGCCUCACCAUCCGCUACAUCUCCUAUCUGUCUGCUCAACUAGGCCUCAGCGAAGAGUCUCUCUGCCAGAUGAGGGACCUUGGAGCUUCUAGAUACCAAGACUCGUCUCAAUAUCAGGGCAAUUCAACACCUGAGUAUUGGGGACUCAGCACAUCACAUCAAGAACUGUGUCAAAGCACCUUCAGACCUUCAGAGCAUGUCUUGAGGCAGACAGAAAUGGAUUGUCAUCAGGUUUUCAUGGAAACACCUGCUUAUGAUGAUUCCUUCAACUCCAGCUCAGAAUCUCUUCUGGCCAGCCCUUUGUAUGCAGAUACAGCCACAACAUACCAGGGCUACAACAAAGCCGUCCACUAUCCGGUUGCUCCGGAAUUCUGGGGAUGAAACUUUUAUUGGACUUUUUUCACAUAUUUAAA